AUGACUGAAGCAGAAGCCUUCGACGCACCCACAGAAGACCCUCACCCCGGCCAUGACACGCUGGACAACGUUACUGCACUCCUAAACAACGUCACCAAUGCCGUGGUCACGGAGGGAGUGAUGGGACCUCGCUAUCACAAGCGGGUUCGCAUAGGUAUCAUCAUCACUAUGAUCAUUUUGUCUGUGGUGGGCAACACUGUCGUCUGCUGCAACCUCCUCGUGAAGCAGCGCCGGCGGCGGGUGUCCAAGGCGCGAGUUCUCUUUCUCAACCUGGCCGUUGCGGACCUGCUGGUGGCUUGCAUCACGAUGGCGUCACAAGUUGUGUGGGAAGUGAUGGGUCGCCUAUGGAUCGCUGGAGACGCCUUCUGCAGGUUCUUCAAGUUCUUGCAGACCUUCGCACUCGUCUCGUCCACCUACAUGCUCGUGGCGAUCGCGAUAGACAGGUACAUCGCCAUCGCAACGCCACUGGCACCGAGCACAGACCCAUGGAAGCUGGCUGCCCUCACGUGGUUGACGUCUUGCAUGCCGUCACUGCCGAACGUUUACGUUUUCCACAGCGUCGAAGUGGCACCCGGCAAGUGCUUCUGCGCGUCCAUCUUCUACGACCGCGACACGCCGCUGUACCACCGCCAGAUAUACAUGGGGUUCGUGUUCUUCACGGUGUUCGUCGUGCCUCUCGUGCUGCUCAUCGCGUUCCACGCGGGAAUACUGUGGGCCAUCUGGAAGCACAGUGCGACCAAUCGGAACAUGAGCCGGCAAACCACUUCGUCGCUACCUCAAGCUAAGGUGAAGACAUUGAAGAUAACGGCCGUCGUUUUCGGUGCCUUUCUGGUGACAAACGUGCCGUACAUGGUGCAAGAGGCAAUCCUGGCCUUCGGCAACCCAGGUAUCCUGGAUGCCAACAUGGUGGCGCUCUUCGGCGUCAUCUCGGCUUCCAACAGUGCCAUCAACCCGUACAUCUUCCUCUACUUCCAGCGGCCACCCAGGGAAGUUGACGAUGAUGCCGGCUUUUGGCGGACCGUGGCUCGUUUCAUCCUCGAGUCACUCACUUGUCGCCUUCUAACCCGGUCUCGCGCAGGAUCUCAAAUGUCCACGGAGGACGCUAGCCCCUCGAUGCGCCAGUCGAAGGUUUCUAUUAGAAGGAAUGGCAAACCGACAGCUACGGACACACCACCCAACAUGAAGAGUCGUUCCAUGUGCUGA